AUGUCGGUUGGCAUUCCGCGACGGCUCGUGUCCGACAAUGGGCGACAGUUCGUCGGACAUGAGUUCCAAGAAUGGUGCGAUGGGUACGACAUCGAGCAACACUUCACCUCUGUGUCAUACCUGCAGAGUAACGCACAAGAUGAAGUAGCCAACCAGGAAAUUCUUCGAAUUCUAAGGGUUCGGCUCGACCACCUUGGGGGCAGCUGGGUAGACAAACUCCCUGGCGUCCUAUGGGCACUCCGCACGACUCCUAAGGAAGGAACGGGGGUUACGUCGUUCCACUUGAUCUACGGAGGAGAGGCGGUUGUACCAGUAGAGAUCGGAAUCGAGUCCGAUCGGGUGCAACAAUACAACGCGGACAACACCGAGCGGAGGCAGCUAGAUCUGGAUUUGGUAGAUGAAACGUGA